CUUUGGUCAACAGUAUCAUGUAGAUCACGUUCGCGGACCGACAGCACCCUCUUGGUUGGUUUUAAAUCCCCGGCUUUCUUGUGUUGGUUAUGAGGAGUUGCUUGGAGCCACGACCCCGCUAUAAAUGCACCUUUCGGUCUAAGAUCACGUAGCCGCUCGCGAUGGUUGGCAUGUCCUUUGAUAACAUGGAUCUAGAGGAGGCAGCACAGCUGCAAGCCCGCAUGCUGGCUGCCAUCCAUGGAGGAGCUGCCCAGCUCAAAACGGUCUUGCCAGCAAAUGAGCUUGUCACCCUUCUGCAAGCCACGGAAGCGGUGCUGCGCACAGAACCAAGUCUCUUGGAGCUGUCUGUCGAGGACCCGGAAGCGCAAGUCUAUGUCUUUGGCGAUACUCAUGGCCAUUUUCCAGAUGUCGCUCAUAUGCUGGACCAGCUUGGUUACCCAAGCCCAAAACGUAUCUUUGUCUUUAAUGGCGACUACGUUGAUCGCGGCAGUUGGGGCGUCGAAUUGCUUGGACUGUUGUGCAGCUUGAAGUGCGCCGCGCCAAAGUGCAUAUACCUGCUGCGCGGCAACCACGAGAGCAGCACCUGCACGAAAUACUACGGUUACAGCCAGGAGGUCAAAGCAAAAUAUGUGAAACAAGCCAAGGACGUGUACUCGGCCUCCAAGCGGCUCUUCACCGCUAUGCCGCUGGCCGCCCUCAUCCAAGGCAACACGCUGGUCAUGCACGGAGGUCUGUUCCGACGGCCCUCGGAGCCGAAGCGCGGCGCCAAGCGGCGGAAGCCCAGCCACCCGGGCCGCGGGGCGGGCGAGCUGGCGCCCGGCAGCUUGGACGACCUGCGGAGGGCCACCAAGGGGGGCAUGGACCCGGACGGCCGCGGCGCCUCCGUGUUGGCCACGGACGUGUUGUGGAGCGACCCGGUGGCGGAGCCGGGCUUCAGGAGCAACGACGCGCGCGGAGUGGGGCUCACCUUCGGGCCCGACAUCACGGAGGCCUUCCUGCGCGCCAACCGGCUGCGGCUGAUCAUCCGGUCGCACGAGGGGCCCGACGCGCGCGACAAGCGGUGCGACCUGCCGCAGGUGCUGCAGGGCUACAGCAAGGACCAUGACACGCCAGCCGGGCAGCUCUUCACCGUCUUCUCCGCCCCCGACUACCCGCAGUUCCAGGCGGUACCCGACCCGCCAGACAACCAGGCAGAGGGCGCGCAGCAGCAGCAGCAGCAGCAGCAGCCCGACCAGCUACCGCAGCAGGAGCAGCAGGAGCUGCAGGGACAGGACGCCGGCGCCCCCGCUGAUGGCGGCGGCGUGCUGGGUGUCACUGCGCGCUACAACAACUUGGCAGCGGUGGCGGUGCUCUCCGCGCCCGACUUCGCCACCCCCACCAUGCGCACGUUCGGGGCGGUCAGACCUCGACCCAAGGCGGACGCCUACUACGACUACGCGGUCUGCUGCGACAGCGACACGGAGGUACCCGGGGGAGAUGAGGCGGGCAGUGAGGCGGGGAGCGAGGCGGGGAGCGAGGGAGGCAGCGGGGCGGGGGAGGAGGGCGAGGAGGUGCAGGGGCCGCCAGUAGCAGCAGCGGCGGUGCCGUCAUCUACGGCGGCGCAACCUCCGCCACCGGCGCCGAGUGAGACGGGAUCUCAUGGGGUAGAUGAUGUGGUGCCUUCCUCGUCCGCGCACGUAGCAGUGGAGGAGGCGACAGGGGCAGCCGCAGCGCAUGGAGGUG